UAAAUCAUCAUCAAAUAAAGAAAAUAUUGAAGAAAAUAAAAUUGAUAAAAAGGUUGCAAAACAAGAAGAAAAGAUAUUGGGUUUGCAAAAAGAAAUUAAUCAGCUUAAAAGAAAAUUGCAACAACUAACAGGUGAAGGCAAUGUAAAAAUACAAGCAGAUGAAG